AUGCUACAGUUAAGAGAAGAAUUUCUUUUACCAAAAAAUGUUAUUAGUUCUAUCUCUACUUAUAUUGUUGCAUUGGUGAACAAUUUGCAAUCUUUGAUCGAACAAAAAGCUGCGCUGAAUCACUCAGAUGCUGUUGGAAACGCUUUUGCUUCGACAUCUGCGGCUAAUUCUACGAAAAAAUAUCUCGAUAUCGAUGCGAUCAAUAAAACAAUCAAUGAAGUCUGUUGUGCUGUAGAAGCUGUUACACGGAAUGAAUAUCAAUUUCAACAAUUUUGUGAAGAGAAUUUUUCGUAUCGUCCACCUAAGCAGAUUGUUUUGUCAGAUCCUGGUGAAGCGACAGAACUCGCUUAUUUCAUUCCAAUAGAUGAAACAAUCAAAUCCGUUCUACAUAAUAACUAUGUGGUUGAUCAAAUUUUGGACAAUGUAAAACAACAACGACAAAAGGUGUUUGGCGACGAAGAUCUUAUGUUUUCGUUUCGUGACGGAGACUACGGUAGUCGAAUCGAUGACGAUAGUCUGCUUGUGCAAUUGUAUAUCGAUGACAUUGGGCUAACUAACCCGAUUGGUGCUAAGAAAGACAUGCAUAAGAUGUCUAUGAUUUAUUUUACCAUGGAGGAUGUUCCUGAUCAACACCGCUCACAACUCGAACACAUUCAUCUUGUUGGAAUUUGUACAAGCAGAACGCUGAAGGUAAAGCCUCUUAAAAGAUUCAUGAUGCAUUGUUUUCAUGUUCCGCAAUGCGGACGAUCUUCUCCUCGUGUUGAAACUUGUAUAUAA